ACAGUGAUGUUGCAUUCACAAGACAAGGAUACCGGAAGUGCGGCGUCUGCGCAUUAUACACAAAACAUGUGCUAUUACAUGUUUGAGUCAUAGAUACUAUAGAUCAACACAAGUUUCGAAACAUCGUCGUCAUUGUUUCACUAGUAUUCCAGAGAAAUUUAGAGCUAGAUUAUACAAGAGGUUUAACGAAAAGUCGAAUUCUGCCGUUACAGAAAAAAAGUGAGCAAUCGAAUCAUAAUGGGGAGCUUUUUUUCACACCCAACGGGAACGGAAGUGUUGAAAAAGAACCAGGAAUAUAUUUCCGAAAUGAACAAAAUAAAGAUGGAACGCUGGAUCCAGAUGCACUAUCAGAUCAAGGAACGCGAAGCGGCAAUGGAGAUAUCACGGGCCAGGGAGCUGUUCUAUUGGCUGUCUUCGUUCUACUGCAUCUCGGCCGUUGGCUUCAUCGGACGGUACAACACAACCCGUAGACUGACUGUUCUAGCACCAAUCGUGCCGUUGACUUUCCUGGUGGCUUACUAUGCCGAUCUGGCGUACGGGACCAAAGUUCACCGGAUAAUUGCCGAAGCGGAAAUGAUAAUGCAACACGAACCAGACCUGCUCGAGUGGCCCAGCGGAUUACCGACGGUGUCGGAAAUCGACACGGCCCGUAUGGAAAAUGAUGAUAAAAUCCGUCUGCAUCCGCAUCAACUGUAGGAUGCAGAAGCGAUGGGGGACCAAGCGAAGGGCAGUGAAAGACACCGCACAAGCACACGACACAAUGCUCACGUAGGCAACUCACGGCUUCAAUACAGCGAUGCGAUUAUGUCACUCCGCAAGCAAAUGGAACGGGAAAUAUCAUGAACGUCAUAUAGAAAAUAUCUCUCUUCUAAACUGAUAUGUGUUUUGGCAUCUGACAUCAUUACAUAUCUUGUUGAACGUUCGAUUCUUGAUGUCAUCUUUCGAUUUGUUGUAAACUCUAUUCUGUUCUCAAUGUUCAUACUUCUCCGAGUAUCACUAAAAGAAUCUUUCAGUAUUCGUUCCAAUACUGAAUAACUAAACUGAAACUAAUUGGUAGGCGUGCUGACUGAUUUUUGAAACACAUUCAACAUUAGAAAACAUAAGAAAAACUUACCAUAUAAAUAUCAUAUUUUAGCAUCAUAAGCGUAUAGAGUUCUAAACAUUAUAAUGAAAAACAAUAACUUUCCGUGCAUUAACUAAAAUUAACACCGAUGCAAAUCGUCCAAAUGUUUCAAAAAACUAAUAAACAAUUAAAAGGGAAUACACUUUCCUCUGUUGAACAGCUCUUUAGUGUCCAAGUAUUACACGUUAUAUAGCUAAGCCAAAUUUGACUUGUUACCGGAAACGACCAUUGAUUACCAUGAACGUUUGCAACGUGUUACGAUCGAAAUAAAACUAUUUUACACUUCGAAAACGAAUA